UUAUUGUGAAGGUUUGUGAUUGUGAAUAUUAUUCAUAAUGAAGAUACCUUCCAAUUUCCAAUAUAAUAAUUUCAUGUAUAAACUUUUCGUUAUUAAAUACUAUUUAAUUUAUUAAUGAAAUGGGAACUCUUGUUGGGCAAUGGUAUAAUUUGGGAAGUAAUUUUACUGGUUCUCUUGGAGAAUUAAAUAAUUGUGGAUAUUCAUCAAAUACUAGUGAGGAAUUCAUGAAACAAAAUUGGGAUACUGAAUCGAAUAAUAUAUCAUUUCCAUCUUGGAUGUCCAAGAAUAAUCAUCAAACUAUGGAUCUUGAUGAAAGAUCAUUGAAAACAUCAUUUAUGAAUAGUCUUAUUUUAGAUAUGCAAGAUUUUUCGAAAACUGAUAUUUUUACAGAAACAUCUAAUAGUCAUAAUUCUGCAAAUUUACUUAGUUUAACACAAUUAUUGGGAUUAAGUCGUCUAAUGAACUUUAUUAUGUAUAAAUCUCGUCAAACCAAUACAGAUGCUGAACUUGUUGGUAAUGUCCAUCAACGUUCAUUUACGGAUUAUAUUUUUGCACAAUCUCAAUUAGAGCGAAAAGCUAGAAGACGUAGUCAUUACCCUAUAUUAAAAACUUUUUCUUAUUCGAAUUCACUAAAUGCUAGUUUAACAAGUAUAGUUGAUACUGAUCAUUGUGUACAUUCUAAAUGGGAUACAAUUGAAACUUAUUUCAGUAAACGAUGCAGACGUCGUCACUGUAACAGUGAAAGUGGUUUAUUCUCACUUGAAGAUAACUUAUCCUCAUUAUUCUUACAUGAUAUUGAGUAUAAUAAAAAUAAUAAUGACAAUGAAGAAGAUAAACAAAAUCUAAGUACAAAUAUUACAACAUCAAUACAUCUAGAAGAAGCACAAAAUAUUUCAUCAACAAGCUUAGACUUGAAAACAAACAACUUUGGAGAGAUGAAGACAAAUGAUGAAAAUGUUUGCUCACAUUAUCAAUCCGAAGAUAAUUGCCUUUCACUUAUAGUAAAUACAAAUGAAAAUGAUAAUCAAGUUUCUUUGUCAGCUGAAAAUCAAAAUUCUAAUUGUAUAAAUGAAUUACAAAAUGAACUACCUUUAAUAAACAUUACAAAUUCAAUUGAAUCAAACAAUGAACCUGUAAAUAAUAUUGUGAAUAAGCCAAUUACACGUUCAUCAACAUCGAAAAAUAAUAUGAAAUUAAAUAAAUCUGUAUCAUUUGCUGAUGAAGUUGGAAAAUCUUUAACUGAAAUAUUUACACUAUGCGAUGAUGAUGAAUUAUGUAAUGGAUUUUCAGAAUUGGAUACAUUGGACAAUUACAAUUUUGGAUCCAUUAAAGAUUAUAAAUCAUAUGAUAAUCAAAAUAAACGUUCAAAAUUUCAAAUCUUUUACGGUGAUGAAUAUUUUGAUACUGAAUCUCCAGGUAAAACUCAAAAUACAUAUGAAAACAACAACAACAACAAUAAUCAAUUAAUGAAAUUCAAUACUACUGAUAUUGAAUCACAUUAUAUAUGGAGUUUAACCUUUUCUCAACCAGCAUCACGUUAUUAUGAAUUUAGACAAAAACUUGAAAAAUUUAUGAUUUCAUUAGAAAGUAUUAAUAUCAUACAAUCCAAUACUACUACUACUACUACUACUACUACUACUAAUAAUAAUAAUAAUAAUAAUAAUAAUAAUAAUAAUAGCAGCCCAUUAACGUCUUAUAUUAAAUUAAAAGGUACUAUAAAAAUAAAAAACAUUUGUUAUGAUAAAUCAGUUUAUAUACGUUUAACUAAAGAUAAUUGGAAAACUUUCAUUGAUUAUCCAGCCAUCUAUAGUUCACAAUUAUCAUCUAGUACAUGGUCUAAUACAAAACGUUAUGAUACAUUUAUAUUUAAUAUUCUAAUAGAAUCAGAUGAACAAUCUUUUAAUCCAAAUGAUAAAAUUGAAUUUGCUAUUUGUUUUAUUGCAUUCAAUAAUAAUAAUCAUAAUGAUAAAACAGAAUAUUGGGAUAAUAAUAAUAAUGAAAAUUAUAUUAUAGAACAACGUAAACUUCAUCCACAUUUAAUCAAUAUAAUGAAUAUUAAUAAUUCACAAUCAUCUAAUCAAUCUAAUAUACAAACAAAUCAAUUAUCGAUAAUCGAUAAAUCAUCAAAUAAUAAUAGUAAUAAUAAUAAUAAUAAUUGUACUAUAGAAUAUAAUAUACCAUCUUAUACAUUAGAUUGUCGACCUAAUUUUGAUGGAUUUACAUCAUUUACAAAUUAUAGAGCAUGGAAUCAUUUCUCUGGUGAAACAAGUUAUUAUUAA